CAAUUAACUUAGUAUCAACCUUUUUAUGGCUAUGGUCAGCAUUCACAAAGUCAACAGCAACAACAACCACAGCAGCAGCAGCAGCAGCAGCAACCUCAGCGACCAUCACAAUCAUUUCAGUAUUCACAAAACACCAAUCCUGCCUUCAACCAACAAUCAACACAACCUUACCCUUCUACCACAGCAACUGAAUCCCGUGUUAACUUACCAAACUUUAGUGCAUAUCUACCUUCACAGCCUCAUAUGACUAAUGAUAAUACCCAUACAUCAAUAAACCAAAGCAUGCCAACGACUAAUCCAACGACUAUGACUGCUUCUGCAGCAUUAAGAACUGGAUCGCCUCAGCUUCUGAGCAAUAAGAAUGAUAAAACUCCGUUAUUGAAUCAAUCAUAUAAUUACAAUAGUGUCAUUAGACAAUCAACUAAUAAUCAGUUAAAACCAUCUCUACCUUCGUCACCUGGCCACAAUCAUCAACCUCAACAUUACCCACAUUCAAACAAUUUUAAUACUCAAGAUAUAGUUACCGGCUUAACACAGUCUAAUGCGGCUAAUAGCAAUGGUGGUACGAAUUACAAUACUAUUGAUAUUAGCAGAAUUGCACAUAGUCCGGCGUUACCAGGAGGAAACCAAUUACCCACUUUGCCACCACUCAAUACAGCGUCUCAACCUUCUCCACGCUUACAGAGAAUAAAUGGGAAAUGGCCAAAUAACAUGAAUGAAGAACUGGCUCGGUCUACAAGCAAUGCUACACUGAUAUCUACAUCUUCGUCAAAUCCAUCGCUAUUGUUGCAACAACAACAGCAGCACCAGCAGCAACAACAGCGGCAACAGGACCCGUCUAUACUGAUGCAAUAUCACGAUGCUGGUGAUCGCAGUAGAUUGAUCACAUCAGCAUAUACAACGCCACAACAACAGCAUACACAUACACAACCAAAUCAACCAGAUAUAUUUGGAGAAAUUGGUCCUUAUGGAUGUGGUGUGGCGGGAUGUUUUGCUAGCUUUAGCGCAUCCAAUGGACUAUUCUACCACAUGAAAAACUCACACUCCAACUUGGAACAAACAGAAAAGCCAUAUCGUUGUGCGGUACCGAAUUGUACAAAGAGAUAUAAAAAUAUAAAUGGACUUCAAUACCAUCUAAGAGAAGCAAAAGGUUCCUCCGGUCAUGGUUGUAUAGAUGGAGAUGGCAAUAGUGCAAACAUAAAGCCAUUCCAGUGCCAAGUACCCGGCUGUAAAAAGGCUUAUAGAACUGCUAAUGGUCUACGUUAUCAUCAAGUACAUGGCCAUAACAUUACUCCACAUGAGCAAGUGAUGUUAUCUGGUUUACAGCCAUCAGCAACACCUCAACAUAUGACACUACAGCACACUAUGUCUCCAGAGCAAUCACAACAGCAGCAGCAACAACAGUCAUUGCCUCAUUUUCGAUUACAAAGAGAUAGAUGGUUAUUGAACAAUAAUAUUUAGACGCUUCAUAUGUAAUAAAUCCCCUUUCCUCCCUCCCUCUUCCCUUUUUACUC